UUCAACCUGACGCAAUGACGUAUCCAGCCACUUCCGCUCCUGCAGGAAAAACACUCGUGAAGUUUGCGAACGGGGACACGAGCAGGAGAUGGGCUGAACCGAACCACUUCAGCGGUAAUAAACGGAUUACUGAUAUCAGAGAGAGAGGGGAAUGAGUGGUGUGAAGAGAGGGGGACAUGCCUUACGUGGACCGGCAGAACCGCAUCUGCGGUUUCCUGGACAUCGAAGAAUUGGAGAACAGUGGCAAGUUCCUGCGACGAUAUUUCAUCUUGGACACGCAGCAGGGUAGUCUGGUGUGGUACAUGGACAACCCACAGAACCUGCCUGUAGGUGCCAAACACGUGGGUUCUCUCAGUCUCGCCUACAUAUCCAAGGUCAGUGAUGCCACCAAACAGAGGCCAAAAGCUGAGUACUGCUUUGUCAUCAAUGCAGGAAUGAGGAAAUACUUUCUGCAGGCUAAUGAUGAGCAGGAUCUUGUGGAAUGGGUCAACGCGCUCAAUAAUGCAACCAAAAUCACAGUUCCUAAGUCCUCUGAUGCUGUUCACUCUGAGAGUCAGAGGUUGGCUUCAAACGGAAGCAAGAAACAGGUCCCAUACAAGACUGAGAUCAUUGCAGGAGUGGCUGUCGUCACACAGACACAGGAUGGAGAGGUGGGACACAGUGUUGGAGGAGAGAAGGUGGGCUUGAGGAAGGCUCAGAACCAUCCGCCAUAUUUGCACACUAGAGCAGGGCAGGAUCAGACCGUUAUUAAAGCAGGAUACUGUGUCAAACAGGGGGCUCUGAUGAAGAACUGGAAGAGGAGAUAUUUUGUUUUGGAGCAGAACUCAAUGAGUUACUUCAAGUCUGAUCUGGAGAAGGAUCCUUUGCGGAUUAUUCUUCUGAAGGAGGUCCAUAAGGUGCAGGAGUGCAAACACAGUGAAAUAAUGAUGCGAGACAACCUCUUUGAAGUUGUCACAACCUCCAGAACAUUUUAUGUCCAGGCUGAUAGUCCAGAGGAGAUGCACAGCUGGAUCAAGGCUGUAUCAGGAGCCAUUGUGGCUCAGAGGGGCCCAGGCCGGUCCGCAGCCUCUAUGCGUCAGGCCAGAAGGCAUUCAAGCCCCUGUAUUCAGAGAUACACACCACGUGUCACUCAAGGCAGCACGAGUUCAUUGUUGGCGGCUCCUGUUUCUACCGCCAGCACACGAGUCAUGCCAUCCCCUGGACGCCCAGCCCUGCCGUGUCAGCAAACCCAGAAUGCCAUGGUCCCACGAGGCCUGGCAUGGGACAGCGAGCACUUCAUGAGCCUGCUGCCCUUGCCCCGCCCACACGCCCGCCUGUCACUGCAAGAGACCCGCCUCUCCAAGUGACUCAUGAAUCGCCAUGGCGACGACGUAGCAGCUUUGGAAUGUGUGAUGCUCCUUUGCUCCACCUUGAUCUGGAUGGUGCGGAUCUUCCUGUCAGUGAGGUCUGACAGUUUUACAUUCAACUUUUACAACUGACCCUGAAAUAUUGAGAUGUGUGUGCCGAGUCUAGGUGAUGGAAGGAUGAUUUGGGGAUAGAUGACCAGGUAUUUGGAUCCAAACUGGUUUGAUCUGAGCUGUUGACCAAAUUCUGAACUUUAUAACCGAUUAUGUCGAAUAAAAAAAGCUUCAGUCAUGUUCAUCUAAAACAGGAACACUACCACAGUGAUUCAGACACCAAAGAUUCUUCAAAGUACCUCCUAACCUUUGAGCAUCUGUUGAAAAGUACUGAAAGAAAAGAAACAUUUGUGGAAUACGGAUUAAUUAUCACCUAAACUGAAAUUGUUUCUGGGACUGUGUCAGAGGAAGGGAAUAUUUGCGCCAUCACAUGGAUUUGAAUUUGGAAAAGGCUGUUUGAGUGCUUGUGAGAAGUUAAUAUCUCUGUUAAUAUCCGAGAAUUCCCCUUCACUGAGCAUUACAGAACGUACUUCAGUUUCCUCCUUUUUUUCUGUACAGUUUCCUAUUAUUAUUAUAUAUAUAUAUUUUUUACAUUUUUCUAUGUGCUGUUAAUGCGACUAAUUUGACCUUGUGGACUAUGCUGGGGUUUAUUGUGACUGACAUCUUUUAUCCACACUUAUACAUAUGGGUGAAUUCUUGUAGCUAUAAUAUUAUUGUUUGUUUCUUGCUUCGCUGAACGACAUCCCUGGCAUUCUGGGUAUGACUGUACAUGUCUGACCAUGUGAGUGAAAGUUUGCUGUUGAUUGUUCAUUUAGUUUUUUUGUGAAUUGUUGGGAUUUGAAUAUGACUACUAUGAUAAAAUUCUUUUCAGUGUAUUUUUUAUCUUUGCACUGAUUCAUUUUUGUCCUCUGUCUAAAAAAGUGCCUGUCUUUUUCCCUCUAAAGGUCCAGCAGUUUUAACCCUCAGUUUUUGUUUUUGUGCUGUAACCAUUUUAAUCUUGUUUGUUAGUUAUUUAUUAUAUGAAAAAGCAAUAAACCAAGUCUGAAUUUAUGUUUUUGAUUUAUAAAUGUCACAUUUUAGCUUUCGAUGCAAAUAAUUUACAUAUGUGAAAUGGUUUCUUUUUUCUGGACUCAUCUGGUACCAUCAUUUAUUGAAAACUAAGACUUUGGUGCCCUCUGUUGGACAUUUAAAUCUAAUGUGGAAAACACUGUUAAACUGUUGUAAAUAACUUGACACAUGACUUGUUAAAUCUAAUACUGUUUAAAUAGAUUAGGUAAUUUGAGUAAACUAUCAAAACCCUUAUUCUUGGCCCUAUAAUAUGUCCAGCUGUCAAAAUGCAACCAUGGUUUUACAUGUCCUGUGUGGUGUCCCAUGUAAUUUUUCACUUCACUAAAACUAUCACAUUAAGGAAGUGAUGUCACCGACUAUUAGUCCAUGACAGCAAAGGUAUCAGCUGGGAUAAUGCUGGUGAACAUUUUGUUGUCAAGUUUUCGCAAGGCCUUUGGGACAACAUCGAACACAACAGUCAAAUAAUAGUUUUAAAAGGAAUCGUUCACACAAAAAUGGCCCUAAGGCCAUGCCAAAUCUGAGUCCUGUAACUUUCUGUAUGAGAUAUUUAUUUCUUUGGUGAACCAUUGUAGCGUAAAUGUUAAUUAAUUGAUGCAAAGUUAUUGUCACAUUAUGGAAAAA